AUGGUGUUUUUAAGAGUGACAAUUAACUCGUUUGCGUCGAAAACAUUAAAUGUCGUUUUAUGGUCCUGUAUUCGGAUAUCGUUCGCUUACACCUUUUCGAUGCCGAGGGGGGUGAAGCGAGGGCAGGCGGAGGGUGAAGCUGAGGUGGUGGUGCGCGUCGGGGCGUCUCCCUCGCAGACCACGUUGCUGGAGGACAGCCCGAGCCAGCCCAUCAGCUACCACCUGCUCGAUCACGGCUAUGGAGCCACGCCACAGCAUCAGAUACGGCGAGAGGUGCUCACUGCACCUCCUAAGACUUCAGAAGCGGUGAAACGAAGACUAAACCUCAGUGAAAGCAGUUCUGGCAGCCAGGGCCAUGUGGUGCCCAUGAAGGCUGAUUUUAAGACGCCCAAGCAGAAGCGCGUGAAGGUGCUAACGCCGUACAGUCGCCCGUCCAGUUCUAUGAAAAAAUACACAGAACGCUCCAGGUUUGACACGUCUUUAGGUUUAUUAACAAAAAAGUUCGUCGCUCUGCUCAAGUCGUCGCCCAACGGCGUUCUAGACCUGAACGUCGCGGCGGCACACCUCUCGGUGCAGAAACGGCGGAUCUACGAUAUUACCAACGUGCUCGAGGGCAUAGGAAUCUUAGAGAAGAAAUCCAAAAAUAAUAUACAGUGGAAAUGCGGUAUCGGGGCAGGCGAAGAGAUCCGAGCGCGUCGGCUUCGUCGGGAAGUUGACGCGCUCGGCGUGAGAGAGGCGACGGUGUGCCGCGCACUUGCUGCCGCAGAGCACGCCCUGGCGUCCCUUUCGAAGGAAGACGGCGAGAAGGCCUACAUCACAUACGCGGACUUGAGGUCGAUAAGGGACUUUAAGAAUCAAACCGUCAUACCGAUCAAGGCACCACCCAAUUCCAGACUAAAUGUUCCACAUCCAGAUGAGGAAGAAGGCUACACGAUACACCUGAAAUCGAUUUCUAGCGAGAUCGAGGUAUACCUCUGUCCAAAGGAGUCACCGAACUCGCCUCCACCUUCAGCCCUUCUGCCGUCGGAUCCCCUACUGGAAGACAAUAAAGCUUUGCUCGCCCCUCUCAUAGCACAGUUGCAGUCCACGCCUUACAGCUCUAUAAAUCAAAACAUUACAACGACAAUAAAGCGUGAGCCUGACUGCGAGGACGAGGCUGAUGCUAUAGUGUCUCUAAGUCUCGUGGUUCAGUCGCCGUGUGUUACGGACCCUACUCUACCUCUCAACUCCACUUCUCACCCUACUGCUGACAACGCCACGCUAGAGUCUAAACAUCACCUAUCGGACGCGAGCGGCGCUAGAGGUCGUUUGCGCAAUGCCUUGAUCGCUGACAGCGAUGACUUUGCACCGAUGAUGGGAGGAGGACGGUUCCAGCUGCAGACGGAAGACCAGGAGUCUGAAGCGAUGGAGCUGGAGCCGUUCCUGGCGCUGGAGCCGCCCAUGUCGGCGACCGACUACGGCUUCUGCCUCGAUCACGACGAGGGCCUCUCGGAGUUGUUCGAUUUCGAGUUUUAG